ACUCCAAAUAGGAAAUAAACCAAUAAAUAAAUUAAAUAAAGUGCUCGUACAAGCAACAAACGCCGUCGUCGAUGUCGCAGGUGAAAUAAAAUUCUCAUGAGUGUAGGCAUCAAUCAAUCAGUAAACAACAAUUUCUCUCUCAACUCUCAAUCCUCCCAAUUUAGCAACAAAUUUGGCAUAUAUCUACAGUCAAUUAGUUACAAAAAAUGGUGUCGUACGUGAGCUUAUUGAUGUACGGAGUGGGAGGGAUAGUGGUAGCAGGGAUGGCAAUACUUGUUGCAUUUCAGGAGAAACUAGUGUACGUGCCUGUAUUGCCUGGACUGACUAAAUCAUAUCCUAUUACUCCCGCUCGGCUUCGACUUCUCUAUGAAGAUGUGUGGCUUAGAUCUUCUGACGGUGUUCGUCUUCAUGCUUGGUUCAUCAAACUCUUCCCUGACUGCCGAGGUCCAACUAUCAUAUUUUUCCAAGAGAAUGCAGGAAAUAUUGCACACCGUCUUGAAAUGGUUCGCAUAAUGUUACAACGUCUGCAAUGCAAUGUUUUUAUGCUUUCCUACCGAGGUUACGGCGCCAGUGAUGGAUACCCUUCUCAACACGGGAUCAUAAAGGAUGCUCAGGCUGCACUGGAUCAUUUAGUUCAGAGGACCGAUAUUGACACAUCAAGAAUAGUAGUCUUUGGAAGGUCACUUGGAGGAGCUGUUGGAUCUGUUCUUACCAAAAACAAUCCUGACAAGGUUGCUGGGCUCAUUUUGGAGAAUACUUUCACCUCUAUCCUGGAUAUGGCUGGAGUUCUCUUGCCAUUCUUGAAGUGGGUCAUUGGGGGAAGUGGCUCAAAGGGUUUCAAGCUUCUUAACUUUGUUGUUCGAUCUCCAUGGAAUACCAUUGAUGUCAUUGGUGAGAUCAGGCAACCAAUCCUCUUCCUAUCUGGACUACAAGAUGAGAUGGUUCCACCAUUCCACAUGCAGAUGCUAUAUGCAAAGGCAGCUGCCCGCAACAGGCAAUGCUUAUUUGUGGAAUUUCCGAACGGGAUGCACAUGGAUACCUGGUUGGCAGGUGGGGAUCACUAUUGGAGGACAAUUCAGAAAUAUUUGGAAGAAACUGUUCCAGAGAAGAAGGAUGAUGAAUCAAAGAAGGAUAAGGAAUUGUCCUCUAAGCAAAAUGUAUCUGCAGAUUCUGUCGCUAGCUGAAAUCUUGAGUUUCAGGCAGUUCAGAUGUAACUUUGGAUUCCAGCAUUCAAACACGUUUCUUUUGAUGUUGCAGUGACCAAGAGCACUUUGUGAUAUCAAGUUAUGAAAGUGCAUCCUUUCAAAUUUAUUCUUCUGAAGAUAUUUUUGCUGUCCUAUUUUCAGAAGGCAAAAAGAUGUGAAUGGUCUUCAUUUAUACUACAUCUCACUAACAAUACUAGGCAUCUCCAAGUAUAGGUCCAGCUGACUCGUGUUGUAUGAAUAAGGAUUCAAAUGUUUCAAUUGUAUGCAAAACGUAAAAUGCCGACUCUACUACACAGUGACAGAGGGAAGGCGUUCUCUUGCCUGAAUGGGUUACUCUUAUUUUGGUGUGAUGCUUUUUCUUCAAACCGAGCUAUAUGAACCUUCAGUCUAUGUAUUCAAUCUGUUUGUAUGUU